GUCUGGGUCCGCACUCGCGACACCCACGCGAGCGACCGAAGUAGGAAACUCGGCCCCGUUCUUCCGCUGCUCUGUUCCGACUGGUGCCUUGCAGGCGAGAAAUUUGCGGGGUGUUGAGAUCAACGCUGAAGUCAGCGGAAGCAUGAAAAUCAGUGACUUCCAGGGCUGGUUGUACUUUUGCUGCCUUCUGCUUCGCAUUAAUCUGCAUCCUACGGGAGGAUAAGCAUUUCAGUCGGAUCUUUUGGAACACAAGCCCGCGAGUUGUCUUCACCACACUGAUUGUAGAGUUUCUUCUCUGGUUUUUGCCUGCUUGAGUCCAUCCGCUGUGGUGUGGAACGCAUGUCAAACUGCAGCUUUUGGUCAAGAAUCAGACCGGAGCAAUUCAGCCGGAUGGAAUUGGGAGCAGCAUUGGCAGGUGGCUGCUCUGAAGCACCAGAGCGAGCUCGAGAGGCAAGCAGAGGAAGAACUCGCGAAGGAUAAAGGUGAUGUCACCAUGGCUGAAGGGGAGCAACUAGAAAAUGCUCUAACAGAGAAUUUGGAGCCAGGUACUCCAUCAACUGCCCCUAUUAGGGUCGCUGAACAGUCACUGAAACAAGAGGUUUAUCCAACAGUAAUGCCAAACACAGCUGAUCUGUCAGUGGCACAUUUAGAUGCUCCUUCCAUCGAUGUCAAUGAAGACUUAACUGUUAAUCUGGAUGUUGUGGUUGAUAAUAUUGUUGCAACGACUGUCAAUUCUAUCGAUAAUACAGUACUGCAACCAGGCGCCAAUCGGGCACCUGAUUCUGAACCCGGUAUAAAUUCAUCUGGAGCAAGUCCCCGAGUGGCACCAAUCGAAGGGUUCGUUGUCGUUAAUGAGGCUGGACAUAAUCAGGGCACAAGAUCGCCCUCAUUAGACCCAUGGCUGAAAGCUCCGUAUGCCGCACAACUUCCCUCUUCCGUUCCUCUUUCAAAUCCACCCUCUCAGUCUGCUGCUUGGCCAACCGCUGCAUGGGCAACUCCUUCGCAACCAACUAACUUUGCUCAUUCGUCUCAGGAAGGUACCAUGAGCAUGCCAGUUACGAAUGUUCCACAUGCUAAUAUGAUUCCAUAUUCUACACAGUAUCCCUCACAUCCUGUCAAUGGAGGCAUUGCAACAGGUGUCAGUCUCACGUCAGUGGGAAUCGCCGCUAAUGUAGAAGAGGAACCUGGCUCUCGGAAAAGGAAGAAAGGACCAGGGAAGACAAGAGAGAAGAAAGCCACCACCACCACUCCUCGACCUCGGGCACGAGCCAGGAAAGGCUCGGCUGCCCCGGUUGUUUCACCUCCGACUUCGUUGGACCCAAAAAUUCCAACUCCUCAAACGAUCUACGAGAGCUCUGCAGCAGCUGUGGUUGCGAGUGCAACCUCACCCACCACUCCCCUAGCAUCAACUGUAGUAGAAAGAAGGGAUGGCCCUGGGAGGCAAAGCCUUCAUACGGACACUGCAAAUUGGGUGGAGCAAGCUAGAGUAAGUUUUGAGGAAGCCAUGUCUGCCGCUAAUUCGGCUCAGCAAGAGGCUCAGCUGGUGACAACACAAACACCACAAAAUCGCGUCCCUGGUAAUGAAGCUAAGUAUGCAUCAGCUGCUGAUGCUGUCAAAGUGGCAGCAUCGGUUGCUAAGGCAGCUGCCGAUGCCGCUAAGGUAGCAUAUGAGGCUGCUUUGCAGGCUCGACUUUAUGCCUUUGAAGGUGUGGAAGGUAGCUCUGGUAGGAACUUUGCAAGUCUUCGAGCUGAAAAAGAUGGUGCGGGAGGAAGGAGGUCUGCGAUAGCUGCUGCUAAAGAAGAGGCUAGGAAGAGAGCAUCUGGGACCCCAGGUGCAGGUAAGGCCAAUCCCCAAAGUACAGACGCAGUUCUAAGAGCUGCAAAGCUGAUGACUGAAGCUGCAGCGGAGGCAGGUGCAGUGCUUGCUAAAGGGAAUUCUACACCAUCAACAUCAUUUUUGUCACCAUCUACCCGGACAUUAGCCUCCUCAGGUGAAGAGGAAAAGAAGAGCAAAAGCUCUGAGAGAAGAGGACGGCCUCGGAAGGAGGUUGGGAAUGCGAAGAAGGCUGGGCAAUCAGAAGCUACUACUGAACAACACCCUGUUAAGACCCCAAAGGAUGGCAAGCAAUCCGGGAAGAAAGGAGCUCGGAGAAAGGGGAAAGAUGCUUUGGACGCUGUUGCUUCAACAGCUAAGACACCACCGAAGAAAGCCGAAGACUCUCAGGGAAAACAAUCACCAGACAAGUCUAUACGACGUCAGUUGGAGCAAUCAAUGACUUUGGCGUCAAAUGCAACUGAUGCUGAUCAACAAUUUGCCGAAGGAUCGCUUGUUGAGGUCAUGAAUGAUGAAGAAGGUCUCAGGGGAGGAUGGUUUUCGGCCCAAGUGUUGGAGUUGAAGCCAGGACAAGCGUAUGUUCAGUACGACGAGAUCCUCACAGACGAUGGUAAGACGAAGUUGAAGGAGUGGUUUCCUUUGGAAGGGAAGAUGGAGGGACCAGAACCGGGUCGACCUAGAAUUCGGCUGAUUUCUCCUGAUAAUAUGGCAAGAGAAGAGGGCAAGCAAGAUAAACAGCGUAAGAGGCGAAGAACUGCUACAAAGGAACGAGCAUGGGCUGUUGGAGAUCGAGCGGAUGCGUUCGUGCAAGAUGGAUGGUGGGAAGGGAUUGUCAAAUCUGUUGACGAGGAUGAAAACAAAGUCACAAUUCAUUUUCCAGGUGAAGGAGACACUCAAACUGUCAAAGCCAAGAAUUUGAGGCCAUCCCUUGUAUGGAAGAACGGAAAAUGGGAGCAGUGGACAGGUUACGGCAACACGCAGGGUGCCAAAAAGGACGAAGAUCAGUCUGCCAAGCGCCAAAAGUCGGGUAUCAGUCCCAAAGCUCAAGCUCGGAAGACACGGAGAAAAUCGAAUAGUGAGGUCAAGGCUACUGAAGAAGGAAAGGAAUCCCCCAGGACAACACGGAGAGGGAAGCCGUUAGACUUCCAAGGAGAGAAUCAGCCAUCUCCGGCGGUAGUCACCACGAGAAGUUCUCCAAGGCAAAAGCUUCCUCCGAAGAGGAAAGAUGGUGCGAGCAAGCUAGCAAGUCCAGAGUCUGAGGUAUCGAGACCAAACCAAGUAUCAACUCCAGUCAGUACGCGGGCUCGGUCAUUACCUCAGGAUGCGGUAAUAUCAGAUAAAGAGCUUAGCCAGGGGAGAUCCCCUGCCACUGGGUCGGCAAAUCAGACAAAGUCACCUCUGAGUCAAAAGGUGGGAAAGAAAAACCACUCGAAGGAGAAUGUGGAAACACUUUCUAAUAUGCGUAAUUUGAGAACUAAUAGAGAGCAGACUCCUAGUCCAGUGAUUGGGACACCAACAACACGGCAAAAGGCCAAAGCUGGAGCUUCUCCGCAGAACCAGAGGUCUGCUAGGGUGUGAGAAGCUGCACACAAGUCACAUUCUGUGGAGCUUUGACUCUUGAACAUUCCCUGAUUCGUUUUCAGGAGGUACAGUAUGUUUCGGAAGACAGUCUUUUUAGUCCUACUUGUUAACGAGAUCAGUUGUGUUGGGAAUACAAGGGUUAGGCAUGGUAGAGUCUCUGACAGAAAAUUGGUUGCCCAUCCUCGGCAUCAAAGAGGCAGCUUAGUUAUGGAAUUGUGAUGUACAUCAAGAUACCAGUAGUUGUCCCGGAGCUCUCGCUGUACAUUGAAGGUGCAACAGUGUUGCGCAUCUGACCCUUGUCACAAACUUGGUCAGGACUGCAUGCACUAUAUGAAACACAGAAGUCGGAUAGUGAGAUGUAGAUAGGAAACAAGUAGAGGAUGAAGUGUAGGGUUCAUGAAGCGGGUUUGGUCUUGGGUGAAUCUACGAUCUAACCCGAAGCGCCAGUGGACAUUAGUGAUCGAAUAGCGGUCAAUUAGGGCCCGAGGAGGGAAAUUCUCAACAAACAAUUCAUAUCGAGCAAAACCAGAAUGUCUAGAUGAAAGACUCCAAGAUGUACUAUGUUUUUGAUGAGUGCUACCUCAGAGAAGUCUAUCCAAAUCACGUCUGUUGGGACCUUCAGAGGGAUUGUCUGAU